AUGGGGAAGAAAUCGAAAACUUCAAGGAAGGGUAAGAAAGCAUGGAGAGCUAACAUAAGCACCGAAGAAAUCGAAGAUUUCUUUGAGAAAUCAACAAAGGACGCUCUUUCAGGCGGGUCUCUUCAGGCAGUUUCUAGUGAAUCCCUAUUCUUCGAAGACAAAUCCAAAGAUCUUGCGGUUAAGAAGAAGAUUGAAAAGCACAGGGAAAAAGUGCUCCGGGUUGAUAGCGUGCUACAGAAAAACCAGUUUGUUGUUCCAGUUCCAUCUUCUACUCUGAAGAAGAGCUCGAAAAACCGAAAAGCUCUGCCUAAAAGCUUAGGCACCAAUCAAGAUAGUCAGAAGGUAGAUUCUGACGUGUUUGAAAUGUGGGGUGAUAAAGAUGAGGAUAACAAGAAGUUUAAAAAGAUGUCAAAGCCUGCUCAUAUUCCAGCAGUAGAGGUUGAUCCUCCCGGAUGCUCUUUUAAUCCCACGCACGAAAGUCAUCAGGAUACAUUGGCUACUGCUGUUGCCGAAGAAAUGAUUAAAGUCUACAAAAAUGAAUUGGGCCCUGAACCGGUGCCUUUGACUGUUCCUGGAGAAGCUAUUUCUGAAGAAGAUAUGUAUUUUCUUGAUGUGGAUGAUGGGAACGAUGAUGAAAGUAAUCAUGAAAAUGAGGGUGAAAAUGGCGAUGCUGCGUCCGAGAAUAAACCUAUAAAAAAAAAGAAAGUGACUAGAGUUGUGUUGAAUAAGAGAGCUCGACACAGAGAACAAUUGAGAAAAGAAGCUGAAGCAAAGAGAUUGAAGAAUUUCUCAAAAGAAAUUGAUAGCAUCCCAAAAAUCUUUGCAGAAAUUAAGAAUGAAGAUGAGGAAAAAAAGAGAAGACUUCUGAGGCGACAAACUGCUAAACAAGAGAAGUUAAAAGUAUGUCCACCUCGCAUAGGAAAGCACAAGUUUCAGCCUGCUCCUGUUCAAGUUUUAUUAAGCGAAGAGAUAACUGGAUCCAUCCGUAAGCUCAAGGGUUGUUGCACCCUUAUAAAGGACCGGUAUAAAAGCCUAGAGAAGAGAGGGUUGAUUGUUCCCAAACCCAGGAGGAACAGGUAG